AGUAAAGGAUUAUAAACCAAUAGUUGGUGGCGCUAGUGUUCCGCCAGGUCCCAUUAAAGAUAGUUUUCGCCAAUAAAACAAAGAAGAAGAAGACGGAAGUCGGACAGCGAAUCAACCAAUCAGAGGAGGACAACAUGGGCGCAAAGAAAGGGUAAAAGGAAGCUUUAUUGCCGCCAUUUCACGUGAAAGCAGUGCCGAAGGAAAGACGUUCAGGGCUAAAUAACAACCAACACAGUAAGAUUUCGAAUCAAAUACUUUAACCAGAGAGUUAUAAAGCAUUAGUAACAGUUUUAGCAAACGGUACGACCCAACAGUUUUAGUCUUAACCGGUCUGUCCUGUUGCUUGUAGACGAAGAAAAUGAGUUACGGAAGGCCGCCGCCAGACGUUGAGGGAAUGACCUCCCUCAAAGUGGACAACUUGACUUAUCGAACUUCACCGGAGACUCUACGACGAGUUUUUGAGAAAUAUGGUCGUGUGGGUGAUGUGUAUAUCCCCCGUGAUCGGUACACCAAGGAGAGCCGCGGCUUCGCCUUCGUGCGGUUUCUCGACAAGCGCGACGCCGAGGACGCCAUGGACGCUAUGGACGGCGCGCUGCUUGACGGGCGGGAGCUCCGGGUGCAGAUGGCCCGUUACGGACGACCACCGGACUCCAUGUAUAGCCGAAGAGGUGCUCCGCCACGCAGAUAUGGAGGCCGUUCAGCUAGCCCCCGUCGUCGCAGACGCAGCCGCUCCAGGAGCAGAAGCCGUUCUCGAUCCAGGAGCCGCCGCCACUACAGCCGCUCCAGAUCCCGCUCCUACUCCAGAUCCAGGUCUAGGUCCAAGUCCAAGACCAAGUCCAAGUCUAAGUCUAAGUCUAAAUCCCGAACCCCAAGACGGAGCAAGUCAAAAUCUGCCUCAAGGUCUCGGUCCCGCUCCAGAUCCAAGUCAAGGAGUCGAACCCCGCCUUCCAACAGAGGGUCCAAAUCCAGGUCCAGGUCCAAAUCCAAGAGUAGGCCUAAAUCUCCAGAGGACAACGGAGCAGAGUCUUAAACCAAACGUGGACACAAUAUGACGGUAUUCAGGGGACAGGGUGGUUUAAUAAAGGUCUUUUUUUUUUUUAUUCUGAUAGUAUUCAGUACUGGGAUAUUCUGAAGUCUUGAUGCUACAUUAGUCAUUUGCACAAAUGCCACAAAGUCUGUAGAAUCCUAAUUGUUUUUAGAAAUUAAAAUUAGAUUGAAACUGAUAUAGACAUUCUUAGGACUGUCUUUGCUUUACUUUGCUUCUAUGUGCAGUCAAGCUAAAGCAUACACAGGCAAUAGGAGAUUUGGCUCCAAAUGAUCUUCCACAGCACAUAUUUCAAAUUGGGGUGAUGUGAGUGUGUAUGGGAGGGAGGGGUGGUUGGGACGUGGGUGCUUCACUCAAAACGUUCACCUAAAUGUGGAAUUUUUUCCUCCAAGCUGCGGAGUCCUGUUUGCAAAGAGAGGAGGAGGAGAUGGGGGUGUGGCAGUGUGAGAGCAGUUAGUGUGUGACCCGCCCAUGUGACCUGCCUGUUGCUGAGAGCGUUGGCAGUUGCUAAGGAGCAGGUCACCAAGGCAACGGUGGUUGCUAUGGAGCAGGUCCUCAUGGCGGUGGUUCGAGAUGUCAGUUGGUGUAAGGUGGUGGUGUGGUGAGGUACGUUCACAGGGAUCACAGGCAGAUGCGCUGAGCUCUGUUCCCACCCGUGCCUGUGGUUUUCUCCGCCUCUGACAAAGGGAACGGACCCCGAGGUUUGUUUUUUAAAUAUGGCCAAGUGCAAGAGUCAUAUUAGAGCUAGUCUCUGGGAGAGUGGGGCCAACAAGAGUGUGUAAGCAUGAAAAUGACUAGUAAUGUUGGGUAUAAUACCUCAAAAAAAGCCAAUAUGAUAAAUUUUUGUGUCAGGGGGAGGGGACCUCAGAUCAUUACUGCAUUUGAAUAUCAAGGUCAGUUGUAGGAGUUAAUAUAAUCUUUUUUGUUUUGCUCUGGUGAACUCUAUUCUGUCUUUCCUUCCAGAUCUCAGAUGAUCAAGCCUUUGUCCAGGACAUCAGGAUGAGUCACAUUGAGCAAGUGGACUCCACUACUACCUUUGAAUGCAGAAUGAAAGGUUAUUGGAACUUGGUCUAAAAUAUUUUAAAUGUUUCAGUUGAGUUAAUUUGCCUAAACAAACUGUAACUUUGUGUCAUCAUUGUGAAGUUGAGCAUAUUGAAAGAUUUUUUUUUUCACCCCAUUUAAAUUUGACUUUUUGCAUUUCGUUGAAUUUGUACUUAAUAAACAAUUUUUGGAUUUUUUUUUUAAUGAAGUCCCUGGUUUAAUAUUCUAAAUGGACAUGAAAGAGUUUUACUUGUGGAGUUAUAGCAAAGGGUCCUGUUAGAUGUUCAAAGCCCUUACACUUAAUGAGAAAAAUGGCUUGAUGUACAGUGACAAAGCAAAAUAUUGCAAUGCUACUUAAUUUGUGACUUGCUAAUCGAGCAGCAUAGGGUUUUCUUUUCUGUCAAAUCUCUUUCUGUCUGUUUAAAGUUGCUUUCCUAUGACUCUAACCCUCUUUCUUGUGUAUCUUUUGUGCACUAGGCGCAGUUGUGUAGCAGUUGAGUAAUGCUGGUUAGCUGUUAAGAUGCGGUGCAGUGCGAUGGUGACAUGGUGUGGCGUGUUGCGGUGCUGAGUGCCCGGCACUGUUCCGGGGCUCGACCCUCCGCUGCUGUUUGCCGGUUUGUAAGCUCACAGGUGUGGCAGAUCAUCCAUCCUCUUCUGUCUUGUGACCUGUCCUUUCCUCCAUGUACAUUACAGGUUCUCUCCUCCUUCCUCUCAAUUCUCCCUCCUCUCCUUUUCCUCCCUCUGUCGUUAUCCACUAUUAAACUGGUUUUGCUCGCUUUAUGAAAUUGGUUCCAGUGUGACUUCUAGUGAAGGGUUUAAAGUGCAGUUCUGGCUGCUUAAUCUGUGUUGCAGUCUUUUUGUCAAUUUCUCAAAUGUCUUGUAAUUGCUUCAAGUGAAUGCUAAUAAACAUCAUUGUUGUAAAUAA